ACGAUUCAAUGAUAGUUUUUAAUUAAAACGUAACAUAUAUAAGUAUUUUCUUAUGAAUAAAUGUGUAAAUGGAAGUAUAAUGCGAUAACUGAGGUGACGCUUAAAUCAUUUUCUGUUUGGCUUAAUUUUUGAUGAAACGUUGACUGUUUUACCGAUGCGCUAUUCGGAGUUCGUCCUCCACCAUCACCCUAAUGAUUUUGCUUAGUUAGUACUAGAAAAACAAAUAAUUAUUAUGAAUGUAUUAAGAUUAACAAUUGUUUUGAUAGUAUUUGUUGAAUUGUCAAAAUGUACAUUGUUACCGCCCAAAGAUAAAAGUAGUAAAAGGAAUAAAGGAAAAGUUGAAACUAAGAUAGGUCCUGUGAAUCAAGAUGUUUUUCAAAGAAAUUUAGUGGUGAAAAACACUAAACCACAUGAUAUUAUUCGAGAAUCAGGUUUUUAUUUUUCUAAUACAACUCGUAGACGAUUUACUGGAGAUAUUUUAGGAUAUAUUACACCGUGGAAUAACAAUGGAUUUGAAAUCUCCAAAAUAUUUCAUGGAAAAUUCACAACGGUAUCACCAGUAUGGUUGACAUUUCCAGAAGGCAGUUGGCAAUUGUCAACCCAUGAUGUUCAGAAAAAGUGGUUGAAAGAAAUGAGAGCAUCAAAUAAUGAUGCUCAUUAUGUAAACAUUCUACCAAGAGUAUUAUUUGAACAUUGGUCAGUUAAUGAUAUUGUGAGAUUGUACAGUGACACUCACAAACAGAUUCAAUUAAUUUCAUCGCUCAUAGAUAAAGCAGAGACCUUUCAUUUUGAUGGAUAUGUUUUGGAAAUAUGGAAUCAGUUUAUAUUUACAGGUGUGGAUGCACAGAUUAUAAUAUCAAUAAUUCAGUCUAUUGCUCAACAGUUAAAAACUAAUAAUUUAGAUACAAUUUUAGCAGUACCACCAUCAAGAGGCCCAAAGGUUCAAUUAUUUAAUAAAGAUCAUUUUGAUCAAUUAUCACCAUACAUAAAAGCUUUCUCUUUAAUGACUUACGAUUAUUCAACUAUUCAACGUCCCGGACCUAAUAGUCCAGUUGAUUGGGUGAGGGAGUGUGUAAAAUUGUUAGUACCUGAAGACGGCCCUAAACGGGCUCAAAUACUGCUAGGUCUUAACUUCUAUGGAUACAAUUAUACUCCCGAAGGUGGAAGAGCUAUCUUGGGUUCAGAAUAUCUGAAAAUCCUUGAAACCUUCAAAGGGAAAAUUCAGUGGGAUGAUAACAGCAAAGAACAUUUUUUCGAAGCAAAGUCGUCGGGGGGCAGUGGAAUUGUCUUUUAUCCCACAUUGUACUCUAUUUUCCAACGACUGGAUCUUGCUUCCGAAUUGGGUACAGGUAUAUCAAUUUGGGAACUUGGUCAGGGAUUACACUACUUUUACGAUUUACUGUGAAUAUUUUUACAUAUGUUACAGAUAUAUUUUACAUUUAAAAAGAUAUAAAUACUGUUGACAAAUACAUAUAAUUAAAGUAUACAGAUUCAGUCUCCAUAAUAAUUUACAGUAUUUUUGUAUCAUUCGGACAAGUGUAAUUAUUCGUAAUAAUGCUUGGAGUCAAAAUUAAAGGCAGUUUCUGUUUCUUGUAACGUACUCAGUACACAUUAGUGUGCGCGUGUUUCUUUGGAUAUUACUGCAAUAUUAUUGUUGUUUUUCAAUGUCUUGUCCUCUCUUCCUUUGAACAUCAUCAUAGAUUGAGCUGAUGAAAAUUACUGAGAUCGUAGACAUUCAUCUAACAUACCAUUUGAGUGGCAAGAGAUAUCUAACUGCUCCAGGUAGUACAACAUUUAUUUGAUUCACUAAUAUUCCAGAUACAACUUCUUCUGCUACGUAUUCAGGUUCUAGCAUUGGCAUUAGCCUGUAAAUUAUAAAUUUAUAGCAGGUCAAACUAUAAAAGGCAACGUUUCGUAGGUCCCAUUGCAUACCUGGGUUUCACUCCAUGGAACAUACCCGUGUUGAUGAAGUACGGACAUACUAGAGUCGCGUGAAUUCCAUCAUAACCAUGGGCCUAGGAAUGUUACUUGUUUACUAACCAUUGAAAAAGGGAAAUGUGGUCUAAAUAAUUUUGAAAGGUUCUUACUCUAAGUUCACUGAAGAGGCUUUCAUGGUAACCGAUAGCUGCAGAUUUGGUGGCCGAAUAAUCCGUGCAGUUGUAAGUUCCUAAGAGUCCUGCCACGCUUGCCACAGUCACGAUGUGACCGUGAUUGUUUUUCAUCAUGUCCCUCAUGAAUGCUUUGGUAAUCUGCGUUGAAUGCAAAUGUUUCAACGCUCUCCUUUAGGCAUUGUCUAACUGAACUUACCCAAUAAUGUGACAGAAUGUUAACUCUGUAAGUGCGCUCGAUUUCAUCGUCUGAAAGAAGACUAUAAUCCUACAGGGCCAACUUCGAUCUGCACCGUCUUCGCUAUCCUGUACACUUCUUCCCUCUUGACCUGCGGAUUGUGUUCAUAGAAGCGCUUGCAGUUAACUUAUUUAUGGCAUUAAGCUCUAUUGGGAUUUACCAGUUCUAUUGAUAUCCCAGAUGACAACGUGUGCUCCAAGUUUGGCCAGCUUGAUGGCCAUCAGCUUUCCAAUUCCUCCAGCGCCUCCUGUUAUCAGAGCCACCUCUCCUUUGAUAGAUUUUGCACGAUAACGUCGUGGAAUGAAGGUCAGGAUAAGAGCCUCGCUUAUGUAAAUCAAUGCCAUUCCCGCGAAUAGUAAAACGUCGUACAGAAGUGGUUUUAUUUAAAAUAACGCGCUACUUGGAUGCUUUGCUUAUUAAAAGUCAUUACCUCUUUGAAGAUGAAGUUUUCUGAGGAUGUUUAAUACUAGCGAAAAUGACUUCAGUUUGAAAAGCGGUUCCCGUCUCUCUGUGCUUGAGUGUCAGUGGAUCGACUGGUGCCGACGGAUGUACCUCCUCCUGGUGCGCCCGAAUUGUAAGACCCGCUGUGUUUUGAUGCGUAACUUGAAGCACUGCUCAGUCACGUACCUAAAAGUCCUCUUGAAAGUUCCUCUGUGAAACUUGAAAUGCCAUUCUCAUUGAUACGGGUCCCUGAUUUUGCACUGGAGCAUGAUAUAAAUUUCUGUAGAAGCCUUUCACAAGAAAACGGCAAGAUUAGAAAGGUACAUAAGAAAUUUCGAAGAACGUAGAAGCAAUCUACCUAGAAUAAGGCAGUAGCUCCACAAGAACCUGGUCUUUGUACACCGCUGGAUUUACUAUAGUUCCGUAUCCUACAAGAUGCACAGAACACGUGCUGCAGAUUCCUACUACCAUAUAUGUAUACCUGUACCGAAUCUUAUGGUGAAAGUUUCCGUUACCUCUCUCUUCUUGCCCUACUGAUGCUGUCCUAUGAUUUUACGGGGCAAUGAAAUAUCAGCCCUAGGAUUGAACCGUAUACAAAGCAUGAAAUACUGGAAGAAUAGUUCCAUCUAUGUGGAGAGUUGAUCAACCGAGGUAUUUCCUUCUACGAUUGUAUUUUCAGAUUGAAUUCUUUGUAAACACAUUUCUUCAGAGAAGGAAUAGAAAAUUCGUCGACGGUUCAAGUCCUGUAAUUUCAAGUCCUGUAAUAUAGAAAAUCAUUACUAUGAGUAUCCACUCUGUGGUGGUCAUCGUAACAUCGAGUAACAGGAUAAUGUAUUGCAGGAAAUUACACGAGGUCAUUGAUUUGCGAUCCAUCAGUCCUUGUUAUUUUUCUUGUAAUAGAAAGUUACGAGAUCCAAGUGAAUCCUCGAAUUACGUGCGAGCAAUACAAACGGUGUAUUAUACUCCUUCGGCUUACACAAUUCUGAUGGAAAUUCGCUUCGAUCCUUGAUACGUCCAUGUUCGAAGGAGCAUUGGAGAUAUAGAGAAUGACAAUAUAGCAUGCCUUCAUUUGAGAGAAUCAUUCGCACAAUUUGUACAAACGGUUCUCAUAGUGCAAACAAUGAAAGAUAGCAGGAUUCAUCCUAUGGCUGGUGAAAGGAUGACGUUCAAGAUCUAGGCCACUAAUACUCCUUUUCUACAAACAACGAGGAAGAUAUGAAUUAUACAGAUCAAGAAGGGAGAAUGACUUGUCAGUUUUAGAUUCUGUUUCUUAAAAUUGUUAAGUCAGAAGUUUGUUGAAGUUACACAUUUUCAAAGCAGUUCCUAUUGUCAUCAGCUUUGUGCUGUUAACAUUCCUUCGGCCGAAAAGAAGUUUCGGCUGAAAGACCUUCGUCUUUGUCGAACGUGACGAGGAAUGAAUCAUUUUUUGGUACUGAAAGACAGAGAUUACAAUGACAAAGUCACGCGUUUGUUCAUUGUCAAUGCAAUACGUUACUUCUCGUAAUGAGCCAUGCUUGAAUUAAUGAAUAAAUGUAAGGUAAACGACGUCGUAAACAAUAGUAAACUUUAUUGUGUGUCCUUUCAAGUCAGUGGGACGAAUAAAGUUUUUUUAUCGUUUACGGUGUUCAAGGAUCCGCGUUUAUAUUGCAGUGGACGUACAAAUAAAUUUUGCAAAGAUAAUUGCAGUUCUUUACAAAAUUAAAUAAAAAGAAUAAUUUAA